AUGAAAACUGUGUUGGCUUUUGGAGGGAGCCAAGCUCCUUCCGAUUUUGUAAACGGUGUAUCUGCAUGUGACGAGAGCAUUGUACGGACGUUAGGACAUAAUAUCGUUUAUCUAGCCAUUUCACGAUUCAAGUCACGGAUUGGCUUGCUGACUCCAGAUCCUAAGAAAGUCGACGAUGUUUUGGAUUGUAUCAAGGUAUCCGACGUUGUAUGUUUCUUAUGGCCCACAGACGGAGAGCUUAGUGAUGAGGAUCGUUUGCUUCUAACCAUCAUCAAGGCGCACGG